AUGACCCAAAACACUGAUGCCUCCUCGGCCUCUCGCAACAACAAAGAAAUUCCGUACACGAUUCCUCCUGCGACCCUAUCCGCCUUCCAGUCGAAUCCAUGGACUUCCUCCUUCAUUUCCAAGCCGGAAUACCGAGCUAUUGAAACUUCCGCCCGGGUGAAGAAGCCUCUCGGUGAAGAUGCUUUCUUUGCGGAAACGAUAGCGACACCAACCACAAUUCCACACUGUCUCAGUCUUCAGCGCCGUCAUCCCUCUCCGCCACCUUCAGUGCCGCCAUCGCUACCUGCUCCGCCAGCAAAAUGGCCCAAAAUAACUACCCCGCCAGACCUGGUCACUCUGUUCGAGUUUGGCAACCCGGGAAUCAGCGGACACCCAAACACAGCGCAUGGGGGUGUGAUAUCGACGUUGAUCGACGAAAUGAUGUCUGUCGUUAUUGCAAUGCAUAUUCCCGGCUAUAUAUUCAAUGAAGCUUCGGAGCGUGGUAGGAUAUACACCUUGCAAUUGGACGUACGGUUCCGAAAUCCGGUCUACGUUCCUGGGCUCGCAGUGUUGAAGAUAUGGUGCAUUGCGAAAGUUGGAAGGAAAUUUUGGUUGAGGGCGCAGGUAUUGCAGGAAGAAGGGCUGGGAGAUGAGAAGAGCGGUGCUCAGCCGCUAGAGUGGGCGAAGAAGAAGAUUGUGUGCACGGAGGCGAUGGGAUUCUUUUUACAGACAACGAGUGAGAAGCUAUAA